AUGUCCCUCUUCUCCUCAUUCGCACAACAGCAGCAACAGAAGCCCCAGACUUCACUCUUUGGCUCGUCGACAACCCCCGCACAGCAGACGCAGCCAACCACCAAUCCAUUUAGCGCGUUCGGGCAGCAGCAACAACAACAACAGCAACAGCAACAGCAACCGCAACCUCAACAGCAACAGCAGCCAUCGCUCUUUGGUGGUCAGACUCAGUCCACUGGCACUGGGCUCUUUGGAAACACUGCUAAUUCGACAAAUACCGCGGCCGGCGCGUCGCAGCCAUCUCAGCCAACAAUAAAUCUUUUUGGUUCAACCAAUACUCAGCCUCAACAGCAGCAACAAUCAACCGGUCUAUUUGGACAGCCUGCUACUUCCGGCUUAUUUGGCGCCAGCACGGCGACCUCUCAACCUCAGCAACAGACCGGUUCUCUUUUCGGCAGCACUCAACCCACACAACCAAAUCCCUUUGGUGGCUUCGGCGCCUCCACGGCGACUACCCAACAGAACCAACCAGCUCCGUCCCUUUUCGGCCAGCCUGCACAGUUUCAACAGCCCCAACAGUCCACCGCUGCGCCCCAGUUCACUCGGACAACCAAGUUCAAUGACCUCCCGGAAGACAUUAGGAAAAAGUUUGAGCAGAUUGAUACACACAUACAAGGCCGUGUGCAGAUCAGUACAGAAUUGAAGCAGCAUAGGCUCGGCGACGAGCCGCAGAAGGGUGCCGAACAGAUCAAGGUCGUACACAAGCGCGUGGUGCUUCUCCGAUCUGGUCGAAUUGUCGUCAUUCCUGCGGAGUUAUUUCCGAGUGCCGAAGCCAUGCAUGAUCUUGUCAAUAGCAUUAAUAAACUUCGUGCUGACAUCGCUGCUAUGCGCGAGCUUCGCACGCGAAUGGACCAAGCCGUUCAAGAUACAAUCGCUGCCACGCGGAUUAUUGACGCUUUUAAGAGUGGGCAAAGUGGGCAGGCAACCCAGAGUCAACAGGUUGUCUGGCUGAAGAAUUACGCCGGAUUCCCAUUAGAGUUCUUUACACGAGUCACCGAGCAACUACGUGAGCGGUUACAGUGGUUUAACAACACGCUUGAGCAAAUUGAACGAAGGCUCGUGUCGGAAGCAAAUCAUGUCUCGAUCACUCCUCAAUCGAUAACCUCCACCCUCCAAGCCCAACACGCCUCAUUCGUCGCGCUCGCGAACAAGACUGCCGCGCUAGAUGGGGAGCUGCAAAAGUUGAAGAAUACGUAUAGGGCGUUGUGGAGGGCGAAGACUGGGAGUGCGAGGGAUCCGUUUAACGAGCUUGAUCGGGGGUCGUUGGGGGGUGGGGAAUUUGGGUUGGAAGGGUUGAGCGUUGCUUGAUUGGAUGACCUUUGGUGUUGUGAUGAUUUAUCGUUUUCAGUGUAUAUAUGUUACUUCCUAUUAGAGAUUGGCUACUUUUCUUUUGUAAUCUCACAAAACGCUAAGCAAAAGUCAUACUGUGUUCUGCACUUGUAUUAUACACAUAUCCUCA